AAAAGCUGAGUCCAACACUCCAAUGACUCUCCAACAUCUUCCCUGCAUCAGCGUGGUGGCUCUACGUGUACCGCAAGGACACAAGAUGGCGAGAUUUACUGUGAUCCUGAUGCUGUCUUUGCUGUUUCAGCUUGAAGUUGUUGAGUCGUGCGAAAUCGUCCCUAAUGUUGAGUGUACGGUAGGCGAGUCCUUGACGGAGCGCUUAUUGGAUACUCUGUCACACGCCUGCGUCACGUGCCUUUGCAUCGAGUACAAGGAGGCUACUGCUGCCCAAUGCUGUUCCAGUGCCCCGGUACCAACAGGCUACGACGGAGCGACGUGUGAAAUUAAACUGGACGAAGAGGAGUGCAUCUACGUAGUGAGGGAGAUCAAAACACCGCACAAGCUGUGUGACUUCAAGGGAUACGUGAUGAAAUAGGCAAAUGGAGGGCGCUGCGCUGUUGCUAUGAUUCAUUUCUGGCA